AUCGUGAUUCAGAUAAGUCACGACCUAGAUCUGGCAGCCAUCUUGAUUUCUUUAGUCUGAAUAAGCAACAUGAAGAUUGCCGUUGUGUCUUUGCUGCUGCUGCAGACCUGCCGUCUCGCGUUUGGCGCACACGGCUGUCACCAAAACCACCACGGCUUGAGUGAAGUAGACGUUAUCGGCCUCGUCACCAACGACCUCGACCACAACGGGGACGGCCACGUGACAAAUGACGAGUUCACAAAAGAGUUCAUCACCAAGUUUGACCACGACAGCAACGGUCAAGUGUCGGAGGCCGAAUUCGUCCACCAAUGGCAUCACACAUACCACGACUCGAAGGAGUUCUCCAAGCGGGUGUUUGAGUUUGUUGACGUCGACAAAGACGGAGUACUCGGUAUUCCAGGAAUAGGAAAAGCCAUUGCCGCCUUCGAUUCAAACGGUGACAGCCGCCUUUCGUACGGCGAGGUCAAGGCCGCUCUUCUAACGAUCUACACGAACUGCCCUUGAGACAAACAAAGGUAGCACAGACAGCACAUCAUUUGGACUCCUUCAGCAAUAGUGUAGUAAACUGUCUAACCGGUU